AUGGCCGACCUCUUCUCUUUUCUCGAUGGCCCGCCUCCAGACGAAGACGAGGAUGAUGUAUCCGAGGAGGAAAUCGUAUCUCCUGGAGCUGCUCAGGCUAUGCAAGUAGACAGUGACCCUCCAGAAGCAAAGAAGCGGCGGGAGCCGGAUUCUGCUCUAGAAAACGGAGGCCCGAGCGCGAAAAGGGCGAGACGGGAGGACUCGGUUCCUGCGGCGGAUCCCGUCGUGGUCAAACAUCAAGUCGCUGUACCGCCCGGUUAUCCAUAUGUUCCUAUUGCUCAGCAUGUCCCUCCCGCGAAACCUGCGCGCGAAUACAAGUUCACGCUCGACCCUUUCCAACAACUGUCUGUAAAUGCUAUACAGCGUAAUGAAAGUGUGCUUGUUUCUGCCCAUACCUCCGCUGGAAAGACCGUGGUCGCCGAGUAUGCUAUCGCUCAGGCUUUAGCAAAUAAACAGCGUGUCAUCUACACAAGUCCUAUCAAGGCCUUGAGUAACCAAAAAUUCCGAGAGAUGGAAGCCGAGUUCACGGACGUCGGUCUCAUGACCGGAGAUGUUACUAGGAAUCCUAGUGCAUCAUGUCUGGUAAUGACUACGGAGAUUCUUCGCUCAAUGUUGUACCGUGGUUCCGAGAUUAUGCGCGAGGUCGCCUGGGUCAUCUUCGACGAGAUCCACUACAUGCGCGACAAGGAGCGUGGAGUCGUAUGGGAGGAGACUAUCAUCCUGCUACCGCACACUGUGCGAUACGUCUUCCUCUCUGCAACCAUACCCAACGCUAUGCAAUUCGCCGAGUGGAUUUGCAAGAGUCAUGAGCAGCCGUGUCACGUCGUCUACACCAACUUCCGACCAACGCCCCUGCAGCACUAUCUCUUUCCUGCUGGCGGCGAGGGUAUCUACCUUGUCGUCAAUGAGAAGGGCGAGUUUCGCGAAGACAACUUCUCGAAGGCGAUGGGCACCCUACAGUCUAGCGCUGGCGAAGACCCGGCGGACGCGAAGAGUGGUAAGGGACGGAAGGGCAAGAGCAGGAAAGGCGGCGACAAGUCGAAAGGCGCGACGGACAUCUCGAAGAUCAUCCGCAUGAUCAUGCUCAAGAACUACAAUCCGGUUAUCGUCUUCGCCUUCAGCAAGCGAGACUGCGAGUCGCACGCUCUGAGUCUGUCCAAACUCGAAUUCAACUCUGCAGAUGAGCAGGCAACCGUGGAGAAGAUCUUCUCCAGCGCCGUCGCCAGUCUUGCGCCAGACGACCGUGCAUUGCCACAGAUCGCCAACAUCGUGCCUUUGCUCCGCCGUGGCAUCGGCAUCCAUCACGGCGGCCUUCUUCCCAUCCUCAAGGAGGUCAUCGAGAUUCUCUUCCAGGAAGGCUUGCUGAAGGUGUUAUUCGCGACCGAGACGUUCUCCAUCGGCCUCAACAUGCCGGCAAAGACGGUCGUCUUCACCGCGGCACGCAAGUUCGAUGGGCGCGAGUUCCGCGACCUUAGCUCUGGCGAGUACAUCCAGAUGAGCGGGCGCGCGGGUCGUCGUGGUCUUGAUGACAGAGGUGUCGUCAUCGUCAUGGUAGACGAGAAGCUUGAACCGGCGAACGCAAAGACCAUGAUCAAAGGUCUGGCAGAUCGACUCGACUCGGCAUUCCAUCUGGGCUACAACAUGGUCCUGAAUCUCAUGAAGAUCGAGACCAUCAGUCCCGAGUACAUGCUCGAGCGCUGCUUCUUCCAGUUCCAGAGCUCGGCUGGUAUUCCGGUGUUGGAGGAUGAGCUGAAGAAGGAAGAGGAGAGCCGAGCGGCCAUCGUCGUGCCCGAAGAGGAACGCGUCUCGGAGUAUUAUGAGUUCAGGCAGCAGCUUGACACGCUCUCCGCGGACUUCCGCGAGGUUAUUUCGCAUCCAAACUACUCUUUGCCCUUCCUUCAGCCGGGCCGUCUGGUCAAGAUCAAGUAUAAGGAUCUCGACUUUGGGUGGGGCGUCAUCAUUAACUACCAGAAGCGCCUUCCCCCGAAGAACAGGCCAAUGCCCAAGGCCGAAGAGCUACCGCCGCAUGAACAAUACAUCGUCGACGUAUUACUCAACUGCGCCACUGGAAGUGGAUCUGCUCCGAAGGACCGCACCGGAGUUGUGACACCUACACCGGGCAACAUCCAACCCGCCCCCGCCGGCGAGAAGGGCGAACCGCUUGUGGUCCCUGUGCUGCUGUCAACUCUCGACGGCAUCAGCCACUUGCGCCUGCACAUGCCGAAGGAUCUUCGUGGAGCACCAGCGCGCGAGGGCUUGUGGAAGAGCGUGCUCGAGGUUCACCGCCGUUGUCCACAGGGUAUCCCUCUGCUCGAUCCUGUCGAGAACAUGGGCAUCACGGACGACAAGUUCAAAACGCUUGUGAAGAAAAUUGAAGCUAUGGAGCAGCGCAUGUUCUCCUCGCCACUGCACAGUGAUCCGCGCCUACCAGAGCUAUAUACGCUCUACGCACGCAAACGCGAAGCGCAGGAGCGCAUUCGCGGACUCAAGCGCCGAAUCGCAGCGACACACGACGUCCUGCAGAUGGAGGAGCUCAAAGCGCGCAAACGUGUACUCCGGCGACUGGGCUUCACGACCGCAGACGACAUCGUUGACGUCAAGGGUCGCGUAGCCUGCGAGAUCAGCACCGGCGACGAGCUCCUUCUCACCGAACUCAUCUUCAACGGCGCUUUCAAUACGCUUGCCCCCGAGAUGUGCGCUGGCCUGCUCAGCUGCUUCGUGUUUACGGAGAAGAGCGAGCAGCAGGUGAAGUUGAAGGAGGACCUCGCUGCGCCGUUGCGCGUCAUGCAGGAACUUGCUAGGCAGAUUGCGAAGGUCAGCCGGGAGAGCAAGUUGCCACUUAAAGAGGAGGAGUACGUGCAGAGCUUCAAGGUCGAGCUCAUGGACGCCGUCGUGCAGUGGUGUCGCGGCGCGAGCUUCUCAGAGAUCUGCAAGCUCACAGAUCAGUUUGAGGGCUCCCUCAUUCGCGUCUUCCGUCGUCUUCAGGAGCUCAUUCGCCAGAUGGUCAGUGCUGCGAAGGUCAUCGGUAACGCCGAGCUGCAGGAAAAGUUUGAGAAGGCGAGUGAAAUGUUGGAACGGCCCAACUCAGUCAUCUUUGCGAGCUCCCUUUACUUGUGA